UGCAUUUCACGUUUACAGAUUCUAUAAGUCAAUAGACAAAACCAAAUCAUAUCAAAACAUAACCUCCCUAACCACAUCCCUAUUAAAAUGGGAAAAAGAUGGAAGCAACACAUCCAAACAUGCCUUUAGCUUCACUCCUACUCAAUCCCUAAUUUCCCAAAUAAAAACCAAAUGCUCCCUAAACACCUUUCUCUCUUAUUCCCAAACCCGACACGUUUUCCACAUAAAUUUCCUGUUUUGCCACUAUGAGCUUCUUGAUUCCUAAUAGAGGAGCAGGAGGAACCAAGAUUCCCCUCUCCAUCAUCGUUCUCGUUCUCUGUGGUUUCAUGUUUUUUAUCCUCUUAUACACCGAAAGAAUCAGCUUGAUGUCUUCUUCCUCUUCGUCUUCGUCUUCUACCUUCCUCAAGAUAAAGUCUUGUCCAAGGAAAGACAUUAGCUCGAAACCUAAGGAGAAAGUUCGAGAAGAGAAACCAGAGAAUAUGGAAGUGCUUGACGACAGGUUCGAAUUUGAUCCAGAAGAGUGUAAUGUCGCAGCAGGGAAAUGGGUUUACAAUAGCUUAGUCAAGCCACUCUACACCGAUGAAUCAUGUCCGUACAUCGACCGUCAAUUCGCUUGUAUCAAAAACGGUAGACCAGAAACUGAUUAUCUCCGGUGGGAAUGGCAGCCUGACGACUGUACAAUUCCACGGUUUAGUCCGAAGUUAGCAAUGAACAAGCUCAGAGGAAAAAGAUUGCUUUUUGUCGGAGAUUCGUUGCAACGAAGCCAAUGGGAAUCGUUCGUGUGUUUGGUGGAAUCAAUAAUACCAGAAGGAGAAAAAUCGAUGGAGCGUAGCCAAAAAUACUUUGUCUUUAAAGCAAAGGAAUACAAUGCGAGUAUAGAGUUUUAUUGGGCACCGUAUAUCGUCGAGUCAAACACUGACUUACCGGUGAUUUUGGACCUGAAGAAAAGGAUAGUGAAAGUGGAUUCGGUGGAAGAUAGAGCUAAGUUUUGGGAAGGAGCGGAUAUUCUGGUUUUCAACACUUAUGUUUGGUGGAUGAGUGGUCUCAGAAUGAAAGCUUUGUGGGGUUCCUUUGGAAAUGGUGAGAGAGGUGCGGAGGCGUUAGACACACACGUGGCUUACAGGCUUGGGCUCAAGACGUGGGCCAAUUGGGUUGACUCUACCGUUGAUCCUAACAAGACCAGAGUCUUCUUCACCACCAUGUCUCCUACUCAUUCGAGAAGUGCGGAUUGGGGGAAGCCGAACGGCACGAGGUGUUUCAACGAAACGAAGCCAGUCAAAGAUAAGAGGUUUUGGGGAACUGGCUCCAACAAGCAGAUGAUGAAAGUCGUGUCAAGCGUCGUCAAGCACAUGACCACGCACGUGACUGUCAUCAACAUUACGCAGCUCUCCGAGUACCGCAUCGACGCCCACACAUCUGUCUACACUGAGACAGGUGGCAAAAUCCUAACGGCUGAGCAGAGGGCUGAUCCCAUGAGUCACGCUGAUUGCAUACAUUGGUGCCUCCCUGGAUUGCCCGAUACAUGGAACCGGAUCCUAUUGGCUCAUUUGUAAAUUUACGAUAUAAUUUCAACCAAGAAUUGUAUAGCACGAGCUUGCAUUUUGUUGUCGCUGCAAUCAUAAAGCAGAAGCCUGUUGUCAAAAAAUGAUGCGAACGGUACCGUGUUUGAUAGAAGAAAUUCAUCUUCAAUAGGGUUGAACGAAGGAGGUUUACGGAGUAAGUUUUGUCUCAUGUCACAUCAUCUUGAUUUAACGAACAUAUAGUUUG